AUGGCGACAGGACUUCCUUUCGAAGAUCCCCAGAAGGCCGUUGAGGAGGGCAAGGCCCCCAGCCUCGUCUUUUCAAGCACGAAAACAAUCUCAUACCUUGCUAAAGAAUGCGUCAGAAGAUACGAUAAGCUGAGUACAAUCCUGAUAGAUACUACUCCAGAGAAGGCGAUAGCCAACGGAUUUGUCCACGAUGAUGUUCUCGACAAGAUCCAAGAUGCUCGACCCAGGUUCAAGGCUUGGGCAACAAACAUCGCAGCGCUCCAGGACGGCCAUUUGAAGAGUUCCUUAGACUUUCGACUCCAAGAAGCGAAAGAAGUGCGCUCACGAGUGAUGAAAAUCCUCGAGUCUUUGAAUGAAUCGCUAGAUGUGGCGGAAUUGAUUGUGUCAGGUAUGCGAGAAAACGAAACGUGGGAGCUUGGUGCUAUGAGCGACUCCAGCUUCAACUCUGACUUUGAAUUGGAGACCAGCGCGGAGAAGAGCGAUGCAGGGUCGACGGAUGAGAAAAUCAUGACAUCUGAACUGGAUGAGUUGCUAUCUGCUAUCAAAAUGGCCAACUCAAGUCUGAUGGAUAUCUCGAUUGUGAUUCGGAAUACGCCAACUCGGGAUGACUAUGUCAAGGCGGCAGCUCGGUACAGUAUGGAUUCGCGCUGGGACAUCCGCCACGUUGAAGACAAAUUUGGAUCUACAAACCCAAGAAACAAGUGGUUGAUUGACCGACUUGGCAAGUCGAUCACGAGAAGAAGACAGUUUUUGAUGUACCGAAAAGGACAUCACGACAAACUUUCUAAGGAUUGGGAUAAGCCAGCGAAAGAGGUUAUUACAGUGGAAGAAGAAGCAGGAGUGAAAGCACCUCAGACACUUGCUCUGACCAAGGCGACCACAUAUGUUGAGGCUGUGCCUGCACCGCCAAAAGAUGGAAGUGAAGUUGGAUCGUUCGAGACAGAGACGUCAUAUCAACAGACUGUUGCUGGUGAGACAGAAGAACAUCUACUCAAAGUACCUCCACCGCCCAUCCAGGCAUUUGAGGGUGUGCCAUUCGAGUUUGGACAUCCGUUUCAGUGUCCAUACUGUUGGACCGAACAAAACGUGAAGGGGAGGAAUGCUUGGAAAAAACACGUCUUCCGAGACCUCAGGCCUUACGUGUGUACCUUCAAAGAAUGUAACCUCCGCAUGUUUCGCAGCCGGAACGAAUGGUUUUCCCACGAACUUCAAGUCCACCGCCGAGAAUGGACAUGUGCAACAUGCAGUGAACUCUUCACCACCAAAGGUGAUUUCAAAACCCACCUGCUUUCCCAUAGGCCAUCACUUAUCGGGUCCGAACUCGAGGCUGUGAUCCUCCUAGCCGAGGAGCCUAUGGAUCGAUUUUCGGCCUCAGCCUGUUCGUUUUGCGACGAAUGGAAAGACCAGAUUUCGAAUACAGAUCGCAACGAGCGACUGGCGUACUUGAACUCUGGCAAAGCUGUCGCACCUUAUGGAACGAAGAAUCAAUUCCGAAGACAUCUUGGAAGACAUAUGGAACAGCUUGCUCUUUUUGCUUUGCCCAGAGAUCAUUCAAAUGAGCUUGAAGAUGAUUCCGAGAAAGGAGUAAGAGAUGCGAUGGGUAUUGAUGACUCUGAUGCGAGUUCGGGAUCAACGGCCUUUAAAGAUUAUCGCGCAGAGAAUGAAAUCACAAGAGCACCGGUCGAAGACGAUGAAUUGGUAGAAGAAAUCCACCGGCUUCAACGUGAAAGGCCCGAACUCAGGAUUGGACAAAUCAAGAUUGGAGCGUCGACCGCGAGAAAGGAGGACAGUUCUAUCACUGCUAUGAUUGAUGGGCCCUGGGGCCUGAAUGGUGCCAGCACUGUCCUCCUCGUUGAAAUAAGCUUUCCUCCUGGAUAUCCUGAUUCCAUUCCGCCAUUGUUCAUGUUCUUUGAAGCAGAUAUUGAACAUCCGUUAGCAAGAGAGAGUAUCAAAGUGCUAAAUCAAAACUUGUCGAAGUUGUCAGAGACCUUCGCUGACCACAAACAAAGCUGUUUGGACGCUGCGUUCUCUUAUCUUCUUGGAGAAGUCGACAUCAGCGACGGCCAUAUAGUACCUAUAGCCAUUAGAGAAGUAGACCCCUCAGAUUUGACCAUUUCUCCAGCACCAGGAAGACACCCUGCCGUUUCUAGGGCUGAUGGUUACGAUACCGAACCGAAUACGCUUGUGGACGAGAAUACAGAUUUUCAAGAACGAUUGCCACAAACCGACAUGACUAUCGACUUAAACGAAAAGAAUGCGAGCGCCACUUUGCAAGAAGUGGUGAAUAGAAUUGAGAAGACCGCUGAAGGCUCUGCUGCCUACAAUUCUUGGCAAGUAAGCGCUCUCGAAUGUUGUACAUGUGGCGCAUAUAUUCACCCAGGGCCUCGGAAUAUACCUUGUACACGUUGUGGACAUGCCGCUUGUGCAAAUUGUAUCAUGUUUCACUCUGAGGCGGGUGUCAAUGAACCUACAGCCAGGCCGGCUUUGGAACAAUUGGAAUGUGGCACAAUAAUCGAAAGCUUCGACAAUGUUCUCAAACCUUUCAUGGAACCCACUGAAGAGGGCAAAAGUGACAUGAGUGAUUUGAGAGCAAACGAGGACGAACGAUUGAAGUCUCCGGAGGAUCAUCCACAGCCUGAUGAGGAUGAAGAUAUCUCAGCUUUGACUGAUAGCCAAGAUGAUUCGGAGUACGAUUCGACAGAUGGAGAGUCUAAUGCGCUGCCUUCGAAACACUCUGACAAUCCAGAUUCCACAGUCCAAGUAAUUAGAGUCGAUGGUAUUUUCGACGCAGCCAGCGCAAUUGACCUUCAAACUCACUUUCAGCCAUGUGGAACUAUCACCGUCGUGAAUGUUUACUCUCCAGAAGGUUACGGAAUCGUCAAGUUUGCUCAGCCUGCUGAUGCCCUACGAGCGAUUGAAGACAAAGAUGGAUCUAUUCUCUCUGGGUCGGUCAUUCGUGUUAAACCUGGCCAACUCACUUCCACCCACUGGUCUGUCUCCGAGCGAGCGGACUUUCCAUCGCUUUUAGCCCGCUUUGGCUCGGAUUGGCAUGGUAUUGCGAAGUACAUGGUUUCCAAAACACAUAUCAUGGUUAAGGACUACUAUAUGCGCGAAGUUCAAGAGAAUGGGAAACAGGAAUGGGUAGAUAUCGUCAAUCAUGCUCGUGAAAGGCGUGAGAAUGGACUUCUUCCACCCCCUCUACCACAUCAGAGGAGGGUACCAAAGAGGCAACCCGAAAUGCUUAUCUUGGGAAACACGAGCUCGAGUGUCGAUCAAUCGGCAGUAGGGAGAAGCAAAGCUGCCCCUGAGGACAUCAUACUCGGUCGACCUCGCAACUCGUUCAAGAGCUCUGGCGUAGAGGAUAAAAUGGCACAUGCCAAAAGACCAGAGUCCAGUGUCCAAAGCAGCGAUGCGAGUCCCGUCUUUGGGCCUGCAGAGGAGCCUUACACUAUUAAGUGCAUCUGCGAUUACCUUGACGACGAUGGGUACACUAUUUAUUGCGAAACUUGCGAUACAUGGCAGCACAUAGAAUGUUUCUAUCCCGGCCAGGUUGAUGAAGCUUCGGCAGAGGAAUUCGAUCAUUCUUGUGCUGAUUGCAAGCCGCGGCCGUUAGCAUUAGACCGACAACAUGCGACUGAGCGGCAGCGAACACAACGGCAGGUCAAAGUCAUUAAUGACAGCCCGGAGAAAGAUGCCUCACCAGCAUGUGACAAAGUUACUGGAAGGAUAGAAAAAUCUCGGUCACCGGGCAAUGAAGCGUUGGACCCAGUAGCAAAUGUACCACGAAAUGAUGAGGCAUCCGUUCAAAACUUGAAUAUAGAGCCGCCGAAGGACAACGAUCGAGAUCCCCGGAAACUGCAUGCUCAGGGACACAACAGUGGCAGUGAUGUGGUCAUAGAGGAUGAAGGUGGUCUCACAAUAGAAGGGGGCUUUCCCAGAACUGUGAUGCCCAUAAGUUUCGAGAUCGAAGGGCCGUUGAACGCUUCCAGUAACAUGAUGGUGAACCAGCCGCAACUCCUCCAGGAUAAUGAAGCCGAAGUCAACCCUCAGCAAGGGAAAGACGAAACUGAAGCAAGAGAAACAGAAGAUGAGAUCCGAUGGACAACCAAAAUUAGCGAAGACAAAAUGAGCUGGGAAAGGGAACUUCGGCAAGCCGAGGCCGACGCUGCGCUGCGCUUUCAGGUUUUACUCGAGGAAGUCGCAACAUCUUCGGCUGAAGCUAUCGUUGACCAGGUUACGAAUUAUAGAAAUAACAGAGCCGCGAUAAGCCCAUACCUUAUACAAUAUGCAGAUCUUCAUUCUCAGGCACUGAAGGCAGGCAAGGACGUCGCCAUUCGAGAUACAUGGGGAGCCAGACUCAACGAUGCUAGGAAAGAGAUUUCCCAUGAGUAUAAAACUAGCCAAGAAGCAUUUUUGACGAUCCAGAAGCAUAACCUUAACAUAGAGAAGACCCGCACGGAACUCCAGGAGUAUAGAACACAGAAGGAGAACCCAGAACAGGAAGAAGAGUAUCAGAAACGACUCCAGGAGGAUCUGCGCAAGUCUGGCAUGGAUGAGACACAGGUGGCAGCGGUUCUCGAGAAAGACGACCCAAAAAGACUAUCAUACACUCGACUGUCGCGCCGUGAUAUCUCUGUCGAGACCCUCAAUCGAUACAAGAUUGACCACGAGCUUCACCAGGAUUUCGAUUCUAUUUUGAUUAAACGCUGGGUUCCUGAAUACGAGCAGGACUUCUUGCGGUCUCAUACCAAGGAGAUCAGGGAGCAUAGACAGCAAGGAGGGCCUGGUAGUGGGGAAGUAGAUCAAGUGGCGAAAUCAAGCGGGUAUGAACCGACUGAAGAGGAGAUAGAACGCCAGAACCUUGACUCCUUCGAGCAUGGUCCCCCAGAGCAUGGAAAGCUAGAAGGCGAGAAGUCCAAGCUCGAGCGCGUACUUGCACCUCAUCAAAAGACUGAAGGCCCAGGUUUUGAUCGAUAUGUAGAGAAGCGUGCACAAGAGCUGAGUGAACAUUUCAAGAGCUCACAGGGAUCCUACGAAGAGUCGUCGUCUGAUCUUCAAAGGGGUUCUCCUCAGGCAACACAAGAUCCGCAGUAUGAUACCCAAGAGAGUCCUACCGACAAAGGCAUCGAGUCUGACGCCCAUCGUGAGCUCCCGAAUGCUCUUAGCGAGACCACUACUCCAUACAAAGGGCAGGGUCAUGUCCGUUCCGGGACAGAGCUAUCUAUGCUGUCACGAGAGGAAACCGUCGAGCCAAGUUCGUUCGGGGAGCUAUAUGCCAAAAUGCGGUCUCCUGACUAUGUCGCUUCCAAUCCAAAAUUAGAAUCGGAAGCAGGAAAUGUGAUAAACAUCGCCACUGAGGAGCAAGAAAAGUCUGACAUCGACAAAGAAGUGGAAAUUUCUUCAUGGCGAGCUCGAAUGAAAACCAUACAUAGAAGGUGCACAGCGGUUCUCCGGAUCGAGGUACAAGAACUGCGCUUCGUAUACCAAACGAAAGCGAGAACACCAGGCUUGAGCCGCACCCAAAUCUCAAUAACUAAAGAACAUGAAUGGAAGGAUCGAGCGGAAACAGAGCUAGCCAAGGCAAAAAGGCAGCUGGAUAGAUACUACAACUUUGCGCUGGAAUCUGGUAGCGCAUCUGAGGCUACAACGAGUGAAAGAGAAGACCUUGAAGAAACACUCGUCACAGUGGCUGAUGUGUGGAGACGCGACAUGGUUGUUGUGCUGCGUGACUUUUUGGCAGAAUAUAUUGUUCUUGGCCGACGACAGGACACUGAUUCGGGGCCCCAGGAUGUAUCGAGGGAGACAAAAGAGCUAGAAGACGCCAUUGCUGAAGAGCGGCUGGAUUUUGCUAUAGAGGCGCGAUCGAGAGGACAUUUGGUCAGCCCGCAAAUUGAGGAGUUCAAGCCUCUAGAGGUCGAGGAUGCUGCAUCCAAAGCCUCAGAUCUAGCCAUGAGCGACUUACUCAAGGGAAAAGAAGAAGCCGGUCAAACAAAUACAUCAAAAGGUAAAGCACCAGCUGCUUCAGACGAGCCGUCAGCUACAGAACCGCCAAAAAGACAACUCACAGACCCUUCAACCUCCUACCCACCAUGUAACACUCUGUCUGUAGGCAGGCUACCACUCGACGCAUCAGAAGACGAAUUGAAAGAACUCUUUGGCAAACAGCGAGGGUACAAACGCCUGGCGUUCCGAACAAAACAAAAUGGUCCAGCGUGUAUUAUCGAGUUCGACGAUAUCGCAACCGCGACGAAGGCUCUGUACUCACUUCAAGGACAUCCGCUCCGAAGCAGCGACGAGAGAGGUGUCAGGCUGGGAUUUUCGAGGAAUCCUCUUGGAGUUCGGUCAGGAACACCGACGGUAGUUGGUGGCAAGUCGCAGCCUCGCAGGGAAUCGUGGCAACAGGAAACUGGAGGUGAUACAGGUGCGGUGCAGAGUGACAUUCCGGCAAAACCGACUCUUGGUCCUGUUAUUAAUGCCAUGUUUAACAAUGGCAACGAAGGUACGAUGAAGUCUGCUGCCAAAUGA